AUGAUGGACAUUGCUGUAUAUAUACAAAACCAAUGUUUUCUACUAUUGCAUGAAACAUUUGAAAUAAUAACACAAAUUUUCCCUGGAGUUUGACCAAGUGUGAAAAUACACUACAAGCAGACAUGUCCUUUCAAACCCUGAAGUCCGAAUAAAUGUGCAAGUGAAUAUCACACCCUCAAGGCUUUAAUGAAAUCCUUGCUUAGUAUGACUAUAUGUGUAAGCAGGUUACCUUAUUAAUAAGAUAAAAACAGAGAGAAUUUUUCAAAUUUUGUAUAUUGAGAUCAGCUCUUGUAUUAAAUGGGAUGUUGACUCCUGUAUGUGGGUAAAUGGGUCUUUCAGGUCAAAUGCCAAGAGCCUUGUUCUUCAAAUUUUGUGUACUGUAUCACCUGCAGAAACUAUGAACUGAAAAAUGUGAAUGAGAUUAUGGUUCACUCAUGAUCAUUGCUCUGCGUUACAUCUGAUAUUCAGAAAUCAUUGUCAAUUUGGUGCUAUAUACAUGGAAGCUUGUGUUAAUACAGUACAUCUCUGUAGCAAAAUAGUCUACAUGAGCAUUACUCUAUGAUGAAUAGAAACCACGAAAUAAAAAAAAUCCAGCGAUAUGAUAAGUAUAUAAUACUAAAUUAAAUGUACUAAUGUAAAGACAUGCAUCCGGUAUUAUAGGAGGUGUAUGUUAAUACUAGAGUGUAGGAGGUGUACGUUAAUACUAGAGUGUAGGAGGUGUAUGUUAAUACUAGAGUGUAGGAGGUGUACGUUAAUACUAGAGUGUAGGAGGUGUAUGUUAAUACUAGAGUGUAGGAGGUGUUGUAUGUUAAUACUAGAGUGUAGGAGGUGUACGUUAAUACUAGAGUGUAGGAGGUGUACGUUAAUACUAGAGUGUAGGAGGUGUAUGUUAAUACUAGAGUGUAGGAGGUGUAUGUUAAUACUAGAGUGUAGGAGGUGUACGUUAAUACUAGAGUGUAGGAGGUGUACGUUAAUACUAGAGUGUAGGAGGUGUACGUUAAUACUAGAGUGUAGGAGGUGUACGUUAAUACUAGAGUGUAGUAGGUGUAUGUUAAUACUAGAGUGUAGGAGGUGUAUGUUAAUACUAGAGUGUAGUAGGUGUAUGUUAAUACUAGAGUGUAGGAGGUGUAUGUUAAUACUAGAGUGUAGGAGGUGUAUGUUAAUACUAGAGUGUAGGAGGUGUACGUUAAUACUAGAGUGUAGGAGGUGUAUGUUAAUACUAGAGUGUAGGAGGUGUUGUAUGUUAAUACUAGAGUGUAGGAGGUGUAUGUUAAUACUAGAGUGUAGGAGGUGUAUGUUAAUACUAGAGUGUAGGAGGUGUAUGUUAAUACUAGAGUGUAGGAGGUGUUGUAUGUUAAUACUAGAGUGUAGGAGGUGUACGUUAAUACUAGAGUGUAGGAGGUGUAUGUUAAUACUAGAGUGUAGGAGGUGUAUGUUAAUACUAGAGUGUAGGAGGUGUACAUUAAUACUAGAGUGUAGGAGGUGUUGUAUGUUAAUACUAGAGUGUAGGAGGUGUAUGUUAAUACUAGAGUGUAGGAGGUGUAUGUUAAUACUAGAGUGUAGGAGGUGUACGUUAAUACUAGAGUGUAGGAGGUGUACAUUAAUACUAGAGUGUAGGAGGUGUACGUUAAUACUAGAGUGUAGGAGGUGUACGUUAAUACUAGAGUGUAGGAGUGUCAUCAUUUGUAUUUGCAAAGCAUUUUAUUUUUGUUCUAUAAUAAUUUAUCAAAGUGUUUGCCGUAUUUAAGUGUGCAAGUGAUAUAUUAUGAUCUUUGUACAAAUUAUAGAAUGUGUAUUUAUAUACAAAUCUAUAAACAACAGACAUGUAGAUUGUUUUUCAAUGUGAAUCUUUAUUCUCUGGAAUCUAGAUGGAUGAUUAGAAAUUAGAUUUUUCUUGGUUGUAUCCAGUCCUAACCGAUGAGACGCAUAACUUGUACUGUUAUAGCGUAUAAAACAUUAAUGUGUGGUGUGUUUUAACUAUUGAAAUGCAAAUUAUUUAUAUAGUUUUACAAUUCUUGCAACUCUACUGAUUCUGAAGUAAUCAUAUAGAUUCAAAAUAAAUCUAAUAUAUGUAUCUGUAUGUGUAAUUUAUUCAAAUUGUGUCCUUGCAUUCUG